AUGGUUCGAAUCCACGUGAAGCACGGCGACGGCUCCGACCAAAAGGAGUUCCUCUACGACUGUUCAACCACGUCGCCAAUUGAAGAAAUUGCCCCCGAAAUCUCGCGAAUUUCCAAUCUUCAAUCCAGGAUCGACCGCCUGGUUUUCGAGCUCGAACCUCAUUUGGAACCCCUCCAAGGCGACGCAAAAGCUGUUUCUCUCCUUAGAGCUUUAUCUGAAGCCAAAUCCUAUGCUUCAAAGGACCAGGUUGUUCACAAUAGGCCUUUGUCUUAUCAUGUGCUAAGAAACAAUGUACAAGCCCUAGAGAGAGAGCUCAACUCGGUUCCUCAGUUUCAGAAACUGUUAGCAGACGUUGAAUCUAGUGGAGAGGAUUUGAGGCAGGUUUGUUGGGCCGGGAAAGUGCUUGAUAGAAGUAAGCGGUUAUGUGAUUAUAUUGGAGCCAAUGAGAAAACAAAGAUUGUUAUCAAGCUGCAGUCAACUGAGUCGUGUCCUGUAUAA